UGGGUCACUGUGGUUUUGUGCUACUGAAGAAGUCUGAAGAAGCAUAAAAAAGCCUUUCAUUCGCUCCUUGUAGUGUUGUUAAAGUGAGACAUAUCCGUAUUGUCUAAAGCUGUUUCUCCAUUCAAAUGUUUUAACAACUGAGCCUAAAUUGUAAGGUUUGAAAUAAUUUGGAAAAAGGCACUAACAUGGAGCACAGCUGUGGUCUGGUCACCAAAAACAAGGAGCCAGUUCCUCUGAAGAGUGUGGAGGUAGAUGUGCAUGUGCAGGGACAUGUAGCCACAGUGACCUCCACUCUGCUGUAUGUGAAUGGAGAAGAGCGCCCCCUAGAGGCUGUGUUUGUGUUCCCUCUGCCUGGAGAAUGUGCCGUCUGUCACCUCAGCGCCAAGAUAGGAGACACAGAGGUGGUGGCAAAGCUGCAGGAGAAACAGAAGGCCCGGGAGGAGUAUGAUGAUGCGUUGAGCUCGGGCCACCAGGCCUUCCUGCUGGAGGAGAGUGAUCAGAGCCCAGACGUGUUCCAGCUGAACGUGGGCAGCCUGCCUCCAGGAGAGAGUGCUGCCAUCACUCUGGUCUACAUCUCAGAGCUGGACAUGCAAGCUGACGACGCCCUGCGCUUCUGUCUGCCCGCUGUGCUCAACCCCCGCUACACACCCCAGGACAUGGACAGGAGUCAAAUGGCCACUGUGACAUCAGUCCCAGCUGGUACGGUGCCCUACACUUUGGCUCUCAGUGCUCACCUGUCCUCCCCCCAGCCCAUCUCUAAAGUGGAGUCCAACUGUGAUCUGGAGCCACUGGCUUACCUCAACCCAGACAAAACACAGGCCACGGUGAGUCUCUCUCCAGGCCACCUGUUUGAUCGUGAUGUGGAGCUGCUGCUGUAUUACCACGAUGCUCAUAAGCCCACUGCCAUAGUGGAGGCUGGACUGGACACUGCUGAGCCAGGCUCUUUAAUGGGUAACCCUGUUGUAAUGCUCAGCUUAUACCCAGAGUUCCCUGCUGCAGUAACAUCCUCCCGAAACAUGAGUGGAGAGUUUAUUUUUGUGGUGGACCGAUCAGGGAGUAUGGACUGCAAGAUGCACACAGGAAAAGAUGCAAAGAUGCGCAUAGCAAGUGCCAAGGACACUUUGCUCCUGCUCUUGAAGAGCCUCCCCAUGGGCUGCUACUUCAACAUCUAUGGCUUUGGCUCCCGUUAUGAACAUUUCUUCCCGAAGAGCGUUGAGUACAACCAGAAGACGAUGGAUGAUGCUCUUGAAAAAGUGAAGGGAAUGAGAGCAGACAUGGGGGGCACUGAGAUUCUUCAGCCUCUGAAACACAUCUACAGCCAGCCCUGCAUCCCCAGUCACCCCAGACAGCUGUUCAUUUUUACUGAUGGAGAGGUGGGGAAUACCAAGGAGGUUUUGGACCUGGUGAAGAAAAAUGGGCACUCUCACAGAUGCUUCUCUUUUGGAAUCGGACAGGGUGCCAGCACUGCUUUAAUCACAGGCCUGGCCAAGGAGGGCUCUGGGCAUGCUCAGUUCAUCACAGGAACAGACCGCAUGCAGCCAAAGGUGAUGCAGUCUCUCCACUUUGCUCUACAGCCAAUAGUCAAAAAUAUCUCAAUCAAAUGGAACAUUUCAGAUGGUGUCAUAGGGGCACUUCAAACUAAAAGUGUAGUCCACAACCGAAUAUCAUUCUUUCAAAAACUCGGCAGUGUGAAAGCUUUAUUUCAAAGAAGGAAGAGGACCCAGGAACCUGGCCCACCUGGAGGAGAUGGCCUAAAUCCACUUUUAGUCACCCCUUUAUCUCCACCAAUCACUGUACUCUUCCAGGGUCAAAGGGCACUGUUCUAUGCCCAGCUCAAUGGAGUGAGUUCAGAACAUUCUGAAGGGUCUGUGACAAUACAAUACAACAUGAAAGAAGACCUGAUUGAGGAGCAACUGAACUUCUGUCUGAAACCCACACAAGAUACUGGAGUGACUCUCCACCGGCUGGGGGCUCGGACUCUGAUCCGCUCGCUGGAGAUGGAGGAGAGGGCAGCAGGGCCAGAGGCAAAGGCCCUGAGAGAGAAGCUGCUGCAGCUCAGCCUGCAGUCUGGAGUCAGCUGCACACACACCGCCUUCAUCGCCAUCCACAAGGGCAGUGGACAGACUGUGCAGGGACCACUGCUCCACAGAACUGUGCCAACGCCAGGUUAGAGAAGUGAUGAUGAUGACUAUGAGAAUUGUGACUGUGGAGAACGUGACUACAUAGUUUUUUUACCCAACGAUGAACAAUUCA